UUUUUCCAGAUUUGCUCAAAAUUAUCCCUGCAAGUAUCCAUGUUAGUGUCAUUCUCUUCUGUACAGUACUGAUCGUCUUUGCUCUGCUGGGAGCGGGUUUCUUCAUGUUCAAUGCUUUUGGCAGCCCUUACGAAACUCUGCACGGCCCCGUCGGGUUGUACCUCUGGAGCUUCGUCGCGUGUUGCUGCGGUUGCCUCACCAUGAUUCUCUUCUCUUCAGAAGUGAAGAUCCACCACCUUUCGGAGAAAAUUGCCAAUUUCAAAGAGGGAAGUUUUACGUUCAAGACUCACAGCGAACAGUUUGCAAAUUCAUUCUGGAUCAUCCUGGUUUGCUCUCUGGUGCAAUUCCUGAACGCCUUGUUGGUACGAUUUGCUGGAUUUGAAUUUCCCUUUUCAAAAUCAAAAGAUUCAGGGACAACCACUGGAGCAGUUGACCUGAUGUAUUGA